CACCACUGCCGGAUGGGAGUGCCCUGGAGUCUCGGAUGCUGUUGGCACACACAUCAUGUCAUCAUGCAUCUCUAGCCAGCGUAGCCGUGACCGGGCCGCCCUCCAGGAUGCCCUGGGGGGCGGGGGCAACAGCGCCGAAAGCCAGAAGCCUUGUGAGGCCCUGCAAGGCCUCUCGUCUCUGAGCAUCCGCCUGGGCAUGGAGUCCUUCGUUGUGGUCACAGAGUGUGAGCCGAACCGGGCUGAGGACCUCAGCCUGGCCCAGGACCGACCCCCGGAGGCCAAUGGCCCAGAGGCCUCAUCAGGUCCACCCUCUGGGUCCCAGGCCCGACCCCACCUCUGCGGUCGCAAGCUGUCCCUGCAGGAGCGGUCUCAGGGAGGUCCGGCAGCCAGCAGCAGCCUGGACAUGAACGGACGCUGCAUCUACCCCUCCCUGCCCUACUCGCCCGCCAGCUCCCCGCAGUCCUCGCCGCGGCUGCCCCGGCGGCCGACUGUGGAGUCUCACCACGUCUCCAUCACGGGCAUGCAGGACUGCGUGCAGCUGAACCAGUACACGCUCAAGGAUGAGAUUGGAAAGGGCUCCUACGGCGUGGUCAAGCUGGCCUACAAUGAGGAUGACAACACCUACUACGCCAUGAAGGUGCUGUCCAAGAAGAAGCUGACCCGCCAGGCUGGCUUCCCGCGUCGCCCCCCACCCCGAGGUGCCCGGCCAGCCCCAGGGGGCUGCGUCCAGCCACGAGGCCCCAUCGCACAGGUGUACCAGGAAAUCGCCAUCCUCAAGAAGCUGGAUCAUCCCAACGUGGUGAAGCUGGUGGAGGUCCUGGACGACCCCAAUGAGGACCAUCUGUACAUGGUUUUCGAGCUGGUCAAUCAAGGGCCUGUGAUGGAGGUGCCCACCCUCAAGCCGCUGUCCGAAGACCAGGCCCGGUUCUACUUCCAGGAUCUGAUCAAAGGCAUCGAGUACUUGCACUACCAGAAGAUCAUCCAUCGGGACAUCAAACCUUCCAACCUGCUGGUCGGAGAAGACGGGCACAUCAAGAUCGCCGACUUCGGUGUGAGCAACGAGUUCAAAGGCAGUGACGCGCUGCUGUCCAAUACUGUGGGCACGCCCGCCUUCAUGGCACCCGAGUCACUCUCUGAGACCCGCAAGAUAUUCUCUGGGAAGGCCUUGGAUGUGUGGGCCAUGGGCGUGACUCUGUACUGCUUUGUCUUCGGCCAGUGCCCAUUCAUGGACGAGCGGAUCAUGUGCUUGCAUAGCAAGAUCAAGAGCCAGGCGCUGCAGUUUCCAGACCAGCCCGACAUAGCCGAGGACUUGAAGGACUUGAUCACCCGUAUGCUGGACAAGAAUCCCGAGUCACGGAUCGUAGUGCCGGAAAUCAAGCUGCACCCCUGGGUCACGAGGCACGGGGCCGAGCCGUUGCCGUCUGAGGAUGAGAACUGCACAUUGGUGGAGGUGACCGAAGAGGAGGUCGAGAACUCGGUCAAACACAUUCCCAGCCUGGCGACCGUGAUCCUGGUGAAGACCAUGAUCCGCAAACGCUCCUUUGGGAACCCGUUUGAGGGCAGCAAGCGGGAGGAGCGCUCGCUGUCGGCGCCUGGGAACCUGAUCACCAAAAAGCCACCCAGGGAGUGUGAGCCCCUGUCUGAGUCCAAGAGGACAAAAAAAAAAAAGGUGGGGUGGGAUGGGGGACUGGAUUCCAAGACGUCUGCCUUGGCUGCUGGCUGGCUGGAUGGGCAGGUGGAAGGAGUCGCAGCCCCCAGCCCAUGGGCCUGUGGGAGUGUAUGCUUUCUCGAGUGUUUUUAUGCGAAAAACCCUUGUGCCGUGAGUUGAGAACCGUGUCUGGAUCAGAUGGUGUGGUGGGUGGCAGGCGACUGCGUGAAGAGAGGUUGUGGUUGGAUCUGUGUGCCUCCCAGACAGACCCCAACCCUGGGGCGGUGAGCUCCAGGAGCAGGGAGGCUGGACCUCCAUAGCUGCAGGGAGUGUGGGUGCCACUUCUUUGCAAGGACUUGGCCAGUUUUCUAUGGGUAGGAUCAUGGUUGGGAACGCAGGAAAGGUUUGAAGUGUAGUUUGUUCUUGAAGCGGGUUUGCAGAAGGGCCGGAAAGAUGCGUUUAUUUGCAACAGGCAGUCUGCAUAGGCUCCUGGGGGAGCUGACUGGGCUCCAGUCACAUCAUUUUUUUGUUCAAUCACAAAGACUUCAGGGUGAAGCCCCUAUACUUCCAUGUACAUUACAUGGCUUACCGUGACGUGGACAACAAGACCCUGUCCAUCUCCUACGCAGGCUGAAGGCCGGGGCUCUCCCAGAACACAGGUGGUGGCUUCUGCGUGUGAUCACACAUCUGGCCAGGGAUCCCAGGCCUGCAUAGCAGCAGCUUAGCUUGGCCAGGCCCUGUGCAUUCUCGAGGCUGCUCCAGGACAUAAUUCAGGCAGUUCCCUUUGUAGCCAAAGUGUGCGAAGGAGGGACUGGCCUUUUCGAUGUCUGGCUGGUAUCUGGGGAGUUAGUUGGAGGAUCAGGUGUAACGCCUUCCAGACGCCUUGCCGGUGAAUGUCACACCGAAGGGGGAGGGAGGAGGACCUGGUUUUCCUGUACUGGUUUCAGCAUGUGAUGAAGUGUCGCUGCCUGGGCUCAAAAGAUCCUGAUUUCUUGUAGCUGGGGACUGAAGUUUAGGACCCCUCCCCAGCCUGUUGCAGAAUUCCAGGUGCUCAUGGCUUGCCUAGUCCCCCCCCCCCCUUUGGGAUGUGCAGGAUUAAGUUCUUGCCUGUAGUUUAGCCAGAUUUCUUUUUGCUGUUGCACAGGCAGACAGGAAUGGAGUGCUGAUUCUGGAGAGUGAGGGACACACCACUGGGCAGACUGGCAGGGGCAGCUGACUGUCUACUGUCUCUUGUUGCCCAGCGCCCAGCAGAUGCCUGGGGAGCUCACUCCUCCCACAGCCUGUGAGGUCUGGGAGAUUUGCAAUAAGCACUGUGUGGGGUUUGCAGCCAGACACUCGGCAACUCUGUGCAGGCCGGAGAGCCCCUUGCAUUUGCAGCACGGCUAUAGCAUAGGUGCUGCCACCUUCCCCUCCACAGUGGCUUCCAUUAGAGGUUUCCCUCAUGGGGAGCCAGCAGUCAGGCGGCUGGAUUGAGGGAGGUGUAUGUUGAUGGCUUGUCUUCACCAGUGCCAAAGGAAGCUGCGGGAAGGAGGGAGAGCCAUGGCUCCCACCGUCAGAGCACAAGCACAGACCGGCUACAGCCAGCCCCGGGAGGAAAGGGGAGAAGCCGGUGGGAGCUUGCCUCAGAACCCACUGGGCGUCAGUGGCCUCAGAGGGUGCACAGACCCUGCACCUACCUUGCUUUUCCUCUGCUCCUUUCCUUCCCCCUCUCUGUCCUUCCUGCAGGUUGCCAGGGGCUUCUGGAAAGCCCUGUGGAGCCCCUUUCUGGUCCUUUGGGUGACUGAAGCUGUCUGCCGCUGUGGACCUGGCCUUGACCUUGCAGCCAGGCUCAGUUCCACAAGCAGAGCACCUGGGUGUUCAGGCGUGUGGGCUAGGUCUGUCCUCCCACCUUCCCAGGGGUCCUUCAUAGGAACCCCAACCUCUGCUGCCUUCCAAGGUGCUAGGGGAGGCUGGGAGGUCGUCGGUUCCCCCUCCCCUUGCGCUGCAGGGCCGGCGGGUCGUGGGGCUGCUCACUUCCCCCGUGUGUGGUUCGUGCGACGCCCCCUGCUUCUGUUCUGUGGCCGACCCUUUCUACUAUGCAUUUUCCUUUGAUCAGGUGUAAAAAGUUAAAUACUGUGUAUUUAUCACUUAAAAGUACAUGAACUUAAACGUAAGCCUUUGGUGUUUUUCCACAGACGUUUCAGCUUCUCUGUAAACUUGAAAUAAACAGAUGGCAAAACUCUG